UCGGCAUUUCAGACUUCAGUUUCCACUUUCCUGCAGGUGAAUCAGUUCACUUGUUUCCGUUCAACGUCCGUGGUACCUAAGUGCUUGUGCGGUUAAACUUAUUACAUUUAGCAAUAGAACCGUCCGUUACUCAAUUAAAUAAUGUUUAAUUACAAUUAAUUACGUGACUUUUAAGUAAUUAAAUCGAACAUUUUUAUUUUUUUUCGUCCCCGUGAAGUAUAAAAAGUUAAUUAUUUAAUAUUAUUAUAGGUAUAUUUCAAAAUAAUAUCAACAGAUACGUCAGAAGUUGUCUAUUAAUUUUGAAAUAAUAAUGAAGUGAACUACCUAAGCCAAUAAACACAAUGAUUUAUUGGGGGGUUUUAAUCCCAAUUUUAAUCAUUUUAGAAUUUUCAAGAAAUACUACAGCAAUUGGAAUCUAUUUUAUACGGUCACCUGAAUCGUUGGUAGCACCACUUCAUGAUGAAGUAGUGUUUGACUGCACUCUUAAUAUUAAUGUGGACAAUAUAAAAUGGCUGCAUAACUCAAAGGAUUUUAUACAUCCAGCUCCAGUACAUACCAACAGUAAUAGUAGACUUGUUGUUAAAGUUGAGAGUAUUGCAGAAACUGGUGAUUAUCAAUGUGUGGCUACUAUUGGUGCAUCCUCUUUGGCAUCUACAGCUGCAACAUUAACUUUGGCGACGCUGAAGGAAUUUGAUAAUCGUUCAUUAUUAUCAAGUGAUGAUACAUUUAAAAUUACUGCAGGGAAUACAGUUGCUUUGAACUGUGGAAAACCUAUUCAAAGUGAUCCACCUGCUUUAAUUCAAUAUUAUAAAAAUGGUCAACCAUUACUUAGAACAACUCCAGUAUCUUCAGCUGGAUCAGUACUAUUGAAAAAUAUUCAAUCUGAACAUACUGGCCAUUACACAUGUUCAGCAACCAAUAAUAUUUUAUCUCAAGUAAUAAAUUCUUCUAUGUCUUUAUACUUGGAUGUUCGUUCAAGUCAUGCUGCACUAUCACCAAGGUUUAUAAGUAAACCAUCAUCUUUAUAUAUUGCUCAAAAAUAUUCAAAUGUUAGUAUUGAAUGUGCCCCAUACGGUGAACCAGUGCCUACAGUUAAAUGGCUCGGAGUUCAUAAGAACAUACUUAUAAAUGACAACAAAACCAAUAUUGAAUCGGGCUUGUUAACUAUACGUAAUCUUAGUAUUGAAGAUUCUGGUAUAUACGAUUGUAUUGCUGAAAAUAGUUAUGGAAAAAUCAGUCAUUCUAUAACACUUCAAGUUCAAGAGCUGCCCUAUGUUAAGAAUGGUCCAAGUGAAUCUGUGGUAAUAGAUGAAGGCAGUUCUGAAACAUUAAAGUGUGAAGCAAUGGGAACACCAAUUCCCAAAAUUAUUUGGUAUCUUAAUGGGAAACCAGUUAAUGAUACAAAUAUAGUUGUUAAAGGAAGCGUUUUGACUUUAAACAACACUAAAAAGUAUCAAGCCGGAUUUAUUCAAUGUUUUGCAUGUAAUAUCUUAGGGUGCUCAUAUUGGGCUGCUAUGAUUCAAGUCAAUCCAAAACAAAUUACACAACUUACUUCUCAACAACAUUAUUAUGAAGAUUCUACAACACGGUCUCCACAACGAGAUAGAAAAGAUAGAAACCACAAAGGAAAAGGUAGAAAAAAAGAUAAAAAGAAAAAAGGAAAUGAGAUGGUUCCUCCUUCACAACCAAAUGUAACCAGAUUAACAGAAAAUUCAGUGAUGGUACGAUGGUUUGUUCCACCAAAUGAUGGACUGCAAAUUCGAUUUUUUAAAUUGCAAUACAAAGAAGUUGGUGGUAGUUGGAAUACAAGCAGUGAUGAUAUACAAAUGCAUAUUCGAUGUUAUCAAGUGGACAAGUUAUUACCUGAUCAUGAUUAUGUAUUUAGAGUAGCCGCAGUGUAUUCAAAUGAUGACAAUAAAUCUGGUCCUACUUCAAAACAUUUCUAUUUGAGUAGAGGACCACCUAACAGAUCUUUAAUACCUCCAACCUUAGUAUCUGCUAAAGCUGUUGAUAGUACUUCUAUAUUAUUAGAAUGGGAGUACCUGAAUUCUGUACUUGCUCCAGUUCAAGGGUUUUAUGUUUAUUAUCGAGCUACUAGUACUGCAGGCGAUUAUACUAAAGCCAUUGUCGAUGGCCAAGAUACCCGUGUAUUUGUUGUUACACACUUAACUCCAGAUACUUCAUAUGAUUUGAAAUUACAAAGUUUUACAGUACACGAAGCUUCUAAUUUUAGCACCAUACUCACACACAAAACAUUUGGAGAACCUAAAACAAGUACAGAUACUCCAAAGUGGACUGAUAAUAUUCCGGAUAAUGUUGCAAAUAAUAAUAAUGCAUAUUCUACAAUCGGUGGUGUGAAGUCACUCUAUGUUUUGCUUGGUGCAGUUGUUGCUGUAAUUGGAGCUAUUGUACUACUUAUAUUUUUUACUGUAUGCAUUUAUAGCAAACGAAUGUCAUCACACUCAAAUUCACCAGAGCUUAACAAGAGUUCUGAAGCAGUAUCAGGACUAGAGCCAUUAUCAAUGAAUGGGUUUGCUCUGAAAAAUGGUAAAAUGGUUAAUGGAUGCACUUUGCCAAUGGCCUCUGACAAUACGCAUGGGCACACUCAUCCACCCAACGGAUACGUGAUACAUCCAAUUAACAUAACCAGUAAUCCACUGGCUCCUGAUGCUAAAAAUGCUAUAGAGAUCUCUUAUUUGGCAAAUCAUAAUAACAAUUGUUCUGAAAAUGAAAUUAAUUCAUUGCCCAGACGAGCUAUGCCCUUACCUACAGAUACUCAAAGGACGUGGCAUUCUAAAGACGCAAAAGAUGAAAACUAUGUUUGAGGUAAAAAUACAGAAACCAUUGCUGAAUACAAUGUUGUUUUUAAAUGAAGAACGGUGUUCAUCUGUCAGACUGAAGGCGGUUAUAUAAAUACAUAGAUAAGAUAGAAAUCUACAAGACUGAAUGCAAAGUCCUGCCAAUAAAUUGCUCAUUGAUAAGAUACUUUUUAUAAUUAUAACAACUCAGCUUUAUUUAUGUAAAGGAUUAUUUUGUGUAAACUUUUAUUACACAGUCAACUUUUUUUAUUUAUAUAUAAUUGCAUAUUUUUUGUACAAUUGUCAGUAUUGAUAUUUUAAUAAUUGCUCUUAUUUGUUUGUUAACUAUUCUUUUUAUUUUUACAUUGUUUUUAGUUAUGCAGGGUACUUAUGUGAUUUAGAUUAAGAAUUUAUAUUUAUACAAUUAUAGAAUUUAGUUUUUAGUGUACCCAUAAAUAGUUGUGAUGUGUGUGUUUAAUUGAGAUUUCAACUAAAAUUUAAUUAAUCAUGUACAUUAACAAUAUUACUAAACAGUGGCAUGUUGAACUUGUUUUAAAUGAACAUCAAUACUAAAUAUGUCAUCUAACAUGUUCUAAAACCAUAGUUAAUUUUAAUUUCAAUUUUGGUAUAAUUUACUAUUUGUCCAGUAAGAGAACAUGCCGAUUUUGUGUAUCCCCGCUUAACACCUGGUCAUUGAGACUGGUUCCACAAUAAUAAGAUGUUCCGUGUGGAUACCGAGAAGACCCAAUUUUUAUGGGAUCGCAGCAUAUCUUUCGCUGGACAUUGUAUAGUAAAAAUUCUAUAUCAUUGCUAUCUAUAAGACUAAUAGUUUAUUUUUUUCCUUAAAUACUUACUGUUAUUUUAAUUUAUGUAUAUAAUUUUUAAUUUCAUAUUUAUGCUACACUACCUCAUAAAACUACCACUCAAAUGAUUUCUUUGGAAAGCAAAACUGUUCCCAUGUCACUGUUUAAAAUAUUCUCUUACUAUUAAUUUUGUUCGCUCAUAUUGUAAUUCAGUAUUAACAGUAACUAUUUUCUACUUCCUAUAUUUGUGUUUCUUAUAAUAUUAUGUUAUCUGAAUUUUUUAAAUUUUAAUGUUUAGUUAUAAAUAAUUUAACAAUGUGUUAAGUCAAAGUGCAAUUUUAGUUUAUUUUUACAUACAUUUUAUUGUAAAUUCAUUUUUAUAUUAUAUAUUUUUUUUUUACUUA